UGUUCCAGAAGCAAAACUGUACUCUGCACCAGGAUACAACUCCAGCUGAAAAGCAGCUGGCAAGAAUGUUGGAUACUAGACUUACACUCAAAGACACACUGAAGGGACUGAGUAGGAGGUGCUGAAAGUUUUUAAGAACUUCAUAAACCCAGGAAAAUAUCCAACCAAUUUCUUGCAUCUAUGGAUUGUGUUGUGUUAAUAUGAUACCAAUACUGAAAACAUCUUUGAGAACAUUUAGAACAGGAUGACUUCAACUAUAGGAGAAUGAGCCAGCGCAAAAACAACUGGCAAAACAGCCCUAAGUGAACCUGUUGUGUUUGUACAAACCAUUGAGUUUUUAAACCAGUUGAGGAUAGGCACACAUGAUUGGAAGACAUAAAGGCAGUGGAUGCAUUUCAAGUUGGCCUGAAUUCCAUCCAAUAGAUAUUUAAACUUCCAGUGAAGAACACGCACAAAUACAAAUGAUUUUCUAAGCUGUCCAGGGACAAGACAUCACAAACUGAUUUUUGUCAAGGGUGAUCCUGCAUAAUGGACCUCUACUUUGUUUGUGUUAUUUUAUGCUUGAUAGCUCCAAGUUCUUCAGAGAUUAUGGAAAACAUUUCCAGCAUUAGCCUGGCCUUUUUGUCUGGUGGGAAGCAAGAACAUGGGGUACCUAUGAGCAUGACCGGCAAUGAAAACAGGACCUCAUCUGUGAAUAUGACCACAAAUGAAAAUGUUAUUGUAUCAGCAAGUGCAUCCGGGUACACACCCACCAAAAUUGAAAAAUUUGCUGUAAGUCAGAGCAAGGAAAUGAAUACUUUCACCAUAGCGCCAGCCAGUGACAGCACAGGAUCUGGUCCCAGUUUAUUUAUGCAUACAAAUCUUGUAGACAGUGGUUUGGAUCAACAAUCUGUAACAGUGUCCAGAGUGUUUUCAGGAUCAGAUUACAUUGGUUCAUAUAAUCCAGCUGAGUACAAAACAACUGGAGUCACUGCUAGUUGUAGGGCUGAAACAGUGCAAGUACAUGGAGAUUUGUUCACAGGGAUUGUGAAGCCAAAUUCAGCAACCUCCAUUUCCUCAAUAGCCAGAGCUGAAAAAGUACCAACUGCUGUAUCGACCAUUCCCCAUAUUUACAAUCAUGUUACCAUGUCUCCUGAAAAGUUCUCUUUAACUGAGAGUAUGGGAACAUACACAUAUCCAGUUGUCAGUUCUACCAUUCCGUUUUCUACACUUUCCUCAGAUGUAAUUGCAUCUAGUUUUACUGAGGCAAUGGUUGGUGCAUCAUUAACAAUAAGGCAAAAUAGAACCAUGACAACCAACAUUCCGGUUUCUAUUCCAAUGGAUAAUGCAACUACUCCAAUGGCUAAUUAUCUGUCUGGUGAGCCACAGAAACAACAGAACUCAGCAUCCCAAACCCACAGCGCCCACCACCUUCAGGCAUCCUUCUCCUCCUUUGCAUCAGUGUCUUCUCAGUUGGCUACAGUCACCAUGGUAUCAACAGCAGCUGGGGAUGAUUUGUCAACAUCAGCAUCAACAUUGGUAUCAGACCUUGAUUCAGCUUCAUCAUCCUCUGUUGCCAAUGUUAGUCCUCAGGAGGCUAUUACCACAGAUAAUACAAUUAAUAAGGAAACAGAGAAAACACUGCCCACCAAAGUGGUUAAAAGUGACCAGGUCACUACACCCACUCCAACACCAUUUGAGACCACUCCAGUUGAUGGCAAAGUAGAUUCUGGCAAAGAACCUGAAAAAGGAAGAAAUGUUACACCUGAACCUGAUGCAAAAACUAGAACUGAAAGUACUCUGAUUACCAUAGCAACUGUUGCUAGGCAGCCAACAACUUUAACAACAACAACUGCAACAACAACCACAACACAUAGGUUGAUAACUACACUGGGGGUAAAUUUACCACUACGGACAACACCUUUCGUGCCUUCAACAGGGAAACCUAAAUAUGUAACAAAAUCAGCACUGAGGAAGGUAACAAUAAAGCCCAAACCUUCCACUCUAAUCACUUCAACAUCAAAACUACUGCAAGUGACUACUCCAAUUGCCAAAGAUGCCCUCCCACCUAUUUAUAUAUCACUAGUGCUGAAAAUGACUUGGACGGAAUUUUGCUUCCAGAGAGAAGAAUUUCAGUCUUUGAUGUCAAAAGCCAUUGAACUUACAAUUGAUAGGUCUAUAAAAGGAAUGCAAGUGGUCAUCCUGAAUAUGUACAUAUGUAAACAAAUGAAUAUAAUUUUUAAGAGGUCUGCAGCGAUAGAUGUCGAGUUUUACUUAACGAAUGAGAGAGGUGAAUUCAGCUUUUACCUGACGGAAAAAUGUUAUGGUCUUCUUGAGAGUGGGUUCCAAGUAACAGGUGGAUCAACAUCAUUCAAAGACAGGUUUCUUUCUUAUACGCUCAAAGGUGAAAAGUCCAGUUCUGUGGCAUCAUCUUUCCAACAGACCCCCAACAUGGCGACUGGUGUUAUUGUUGCUAUAGUGAUAGCAUCUGUGGCUGGAGUGUGUUUUGUUUUGCUUAUCAUCCUCCAGGUAGUUUUAAGGCGCCGAAGAGGUAAAACUAUGCGCUCUUACUACAGCAAAGCUCAGCGAUAUUCUUAUGAUUCCCACAGCUUUGAUUCCAUUUCUAUGACGCAAAUGUCGAAAUUCCGUCGUUCAAAGAGGUUGUCAUCUCGAGGCAAUGGACGGUCAGCAGAAUACUCUGGUUCUUCAGCUCGCCAGUCUGGGCGAUCUGGAAAUUCAGCUAUGGGAUAUAUUAACCAGGCAUUGUUAACAGAAAAGGAGUGCCCUUCACAUCCAGUCAACUUUGCAAAUCUUGCCUCUCUUGUCAAUGAGCCAGACUGUCUGGAAGCAGAAUUUGAGUUACUACCCAACAUCAUGGCUAAGUUGUCAGAGGUGCCGGUGGGGGCAGAGGAUAAGAACCGCUAUGCCAAUGUCAUUCCCAAUCGUGAUACUCGAGUUCCACUAGCUCCUAUUCCCGGUGUACCAACAUCAGAUUACAUAAAUGCUAACUAUAUGAGGGGUUACAUGGGAGAAAGAAACUGCUACAUUGCCACCCAAGCUCCACUGGAACAAACUGUUGCUGACUUUUGGCGCAUGGUCUGGGAACAACAGUCCAAACUCAUUAUCAUGCUCACUGACUUUGAGGAACAAGAAGUGCCUAAGUGUUUUCCAUAUUGGCCCAACACAGAUGGUGUGGAUACCAUGCGUUUAUAUGGAGAUUAUGAAGUGAUGCUUAAGAAGAAAGAGAUCUUUCAAGAAUAUACCAUAUCAGUCCUCUCGCUAAAGGAUGUAGAGAGGAACCUGUGCCGUGAAGUGAUCCACAUGUGGUACACAGCCUGGCCAAUCCAUGGUACCCCAGAGUCUACGCUGUCUGUGCAGACAUUUAUUCUUGAGGCCAGGAAACACAUGGAAGAAAGCAGAGGGCCUGCCAUAGUUCACUGCAGUCCUGGCACUGGUCGCACAGGCACAUUUCUUGCCAUAGACAUAUGCAUGCAAGCAUAUGAAGACUGUCAUUCAGUAGAUAUUCUGAACUGUGUGUACAGACUGAGGUGUGACAGGGGAGGCUCCGUCCAGACCAAAGAACAAUAUGUUUUCAUUUAUAAGGCACUCCAUGAUUAUGCAGUUUUUCUUAGUAAUCCAUCCUCUAGUUCAUCCUCUUCCUCAUCCCUGCAUGUGUUGACCUGACACCAAGAGGAAAAGGCAGACAAGAAAAAAAACAUUGAGGAGCUCCAAGCUUAUUUUGCAGAUAUAAAUCUUUUUAUAUGACAUGUAUCAGCCCCAAGAAUAUUUUGUCUGCUUAUCUCAUGCAUAAACAUAAUCAAACUAGAUUGCAGUAGAGGAAUCAAAAAUAGAUUGCAGUAGAGGAACUUUGUAGGUGCAAGGACCCAUCAAACAAAUAUCAUGGGUUCUAUGUAGAGGCAUUUAUCCUGUUUUU